UGGCGUCACGGGUGACGUCACCGGCGCAUCGCUCCGCUCCUCCUGAACGCGACGGCCUUCUGCGCGUUUAUGACCCGUUAUUAAAGCAUGUCUACUCCGGCGAGACGACGCCUCAUGAGAGACUUCAAGAGACUUCAAGAAGAUCCUCCAACUGGUGUGAGUGGUGCUCCUUCAGAAAACAACAUCAUGCUGUGGAACGCGGUGAUCUUUGGGCCUGUAGGAACUCCUUUUGAAGACGGAACAUUUAAGCUGGUCAUUGAGUUUUCAGAAGAAUAUCCUAACAAGCCUCCUACGGUUCGCUUCAUCUCCAAAAUGUUUCACCCAAACGUGUAUGCAGAUGGCAGCAUAUGUUUAGACAUUCUUCAGAAUCGCUGGAGUCCCACGUAUGACGUUUCCUCCAUUCUGACAUCCAUCCAGUCUCUAUUAGACGAGCCUAAUCCAAACAGCCCAGCCAACAGUCAAGCGGCUCAGCUCUAUCAGGAGAACAAACGUGAAUAUGAGAAGAGAGUGUCUGCCAUCGUGGAGCAGAGCUGGGUCGACUCAUAACGCAACUGCACACCACAAACACUCAUAGGAUUAUUCAGUUCUUUGCUAAUGCACUUCACAAAAAUCAACAAUAUUUGUGUUUUUUUUUUUUUUUUUUACUGCAUGAUAAGUUAUUGCUAACAAAAUCUGAAUCGUACUGUUGUUGGAUUGAUGCAGUUGAAUGCAAUUUAUUGGCAAAGAUGUUGUCCAGUGCAGUCCAUCUCAAAGUGCUUCGGUAAUCCAUUAUUAAUAUAUU